AUGAAUAGCGUCGGGGGCGCCGACGAGAUCGGGAAACUAUUUGUAGGAGGCCUAGAUUGGAGCACCACACAAGAAACCCUUCGUAGCUAUUUUUCCCAGUAUGGGGAAGUUGUCGACUGUGUAAUAAUGAAAGAUAAGACUACAAAUCAGUCACGCGGAUUUGGAUUUGUCAAGUUCAAAGAUCCCAACUGUGUGGGAACUGUCCUGGCCAGCAGACCCCAUACGUUAGAUGGCCGAAAUAUUGAUCCCAAACCCUGUACACCUCGAGGAAUGCAGCCUGAGAGAACACGACCAAAGGAAGGAUGGCAAAAAGGAUCCAGGAGUGAUAGCAAGUCUCAUAAAAUUUUUGUUGGUGGGAUCCCUCACAACUGUGGCGAAACGGAGCUCAGGGAAUACUUCAAGAAGUUUGGAGUGGUUACCGAAGUGGUAAUGAUUUAUGACGCAGAGAAACAGCGACCCCGAGGUUUUGGAUUUAUUACUUUCGAGGACGAACAAUCAGUGGACCAGGCUGUCAACAUGCAUUUUCACGACAUCAUGGGCAAAAAAGUGGAGGUGAAGCGGGCCGAACCUCGGGAUAGUAAGAGCCAGACUCCAGGGCCAACAGGCACCAGCCAGUGGGGAAGCCGGAUCAUGCCAAGUGCUGCCAAUGGCUGGGCAGGACAGCCCCCACCUACCUGGCAACAAGGAUACGGACCUCAAGGUAUGUGGGUACCAGCUGGACAAGCACUUGGUGGGUAUGGUCCCCCUCCACCAGGUAGAGGAGCGCCACCUCCGCCACCGCCUUUUACCUCGUACAUUGUUUCGACACCUCCAGGAGGAUUCCCACCCCCACAGGGUUUCGCACAGGGCUACGGCACUCCUCCACCCUUCAGCUUUGGGUAUGGUGCCCCACCUCCUCCACCUGAGCAGUUUGCUCCUGCCGGUGUUCCUCCACCGCCUGCCACCCCUGGGGCAACACCACUCGCUUUCCCUCCGCCUCCCCCGCCAUCUCAGCCAACUCAGGACAUGAACAAGCCUCCAGCUGCCCAGCCAGAUUUCCCCUAUACCCAGUUUGGAUAUGGACAAGACUUGAGUGGCUUUGGACAAGGCUUUGCCGACCCCAGCCAACAGCCCCCCUCCUAUGGAGGCCCUUCAGUACCACCCUCCAGUGGGCCGCCCGCAGGGGGCAGUGGUUUUGGCCGUGGACAGAACCAUAACGUUCAAGGUUUUCACCCCUACCGACGCUAGCGUGCCCACCUAGAAAUCAGGGAGUUCUGUCCAGAGCAGGAUAUCUGGUAUCAGCUGAAACCCAGGAAGGCCCAGACUUAUGAACUUGUGACAAUCACCUACUUUACCAGAG